AGGUGGGCGACAUGGUCACGGCUGAGGAGGGUGUCGAGCUGCAGGCGGCGAACGAGAUCAUCCACAAGACCAAAAAGGGUAAGCUGCCGAUCGUCACCAAGACUGGCUACCUCGUGGCCCUGAUCGCGAGGACGGACCUCAAGAAGAACGCAGAAUUCCCCCUCGCGACUAAGGACCAGAACAAGUCCCUCGUGGUGGCGGCCUCCAUCGGCACGCGGCCGCAGGACCGCGACAGGGCUCGGGCGCUGGUCGCCGCGGGUGUGGACGCCAUCGUGGUGGACAGCAGCCAGGGAGACAGCGUCUUCCAGCACGACAUCAUCAAGUGGAUGAAGUCGGAGUUCCCCUCGCUGCAGGUCAUCGGCGGCAACGUUGUCACCAAGCGGCAGGCCAAGCACCUCAUCGACUGCGGUGUUGACGCCCUGCGCGUAGGCAUGGGCAUCGGCUCGAUCUGCACCACGCAGGAGGUGUGCGCGUGCGGGCGGGCGCAGGCCUCCGCCGUGUACAACGUGGCGCAGCUCGCGCGGCGGUACGGCGUUCCCGUCAUCGCGGACGGUGGCAUCGGCAGCCCAGGGCACAUCGUGAAGGCCCUGUGCAUGGGGGCGGGCACCGCCAUGUGCGGCAGCAUGCUGGCCGGCACAGAGGAGUCCCCAGGGGAGUAUUUCUUCUCCGACAACGGCGUGCGGCUCAAGCGCUACCGCGGCAUGGGCUCGCUGGAGGCCAUGAAGAAGGGCUCGGACGACCGCUACUUCGGCAGCGCGGCCACCAUCAAGGUGGCGCAGGGCGUGUCGGGCGCGGUCCAGGACAAGGGCUCCGUGCGGGCCUACGUGCCCUACCUCCGCCAGGGGCUUCAGCACGGGAUGCAGGACAUCGGAGCCAGGAGCGUGGAGGAACUCCGCAGCCAGCUGUACUCGGGCCAGCUGCGGUUCGAGCUCCGCUCCGCCGCCGCGCAGAGGGAGGGCGGAGUGCAUGGACUCCACAGCUUCGAGAGGAAACUCUUCGGCUGAGCGCGCGGCAGUAGGGGGCGCCGGCGAUGGGGAUGGCCUGGCGAGGGCGCCCCACAGGUCGGGGGUUGCUAAAGGUCCCCCUGGCCCGAGGUGCCCCUGGCCUCUCGCUCCGGCUCGGAGCCCCCGCGGGGGCCCUCUGGGCCUCGUGGGGGGUUCUCUGGUGGCCGUGGGGGCCUUCCCCCAUCGAGCGCCACGUUAUGAAACAGAUCUCAAGGCCGCCGCGUCCGAGAAGCCUGGCGCGCGCAGGGCAACCUGCUUGGAGAGCAG